AUGCAGCGCCUGGUCAAGGUCGACGGCAAGGUCCGCACCGACUCAACCUACCCUGCUGGCUUCAUGGACGUGAUCACCAUCGAGAAGACUGGCGAGAACUUCCGCCUCAUCUACGACACCAAGGGCCGUUUCACCGUCCACCGUAUCCAGGCCGAGGAGGCCGAGUACAAGCUUGGCAAGGUCAAGCGUGUCCAGCUGGGCAAGGGCGGAAUCCCAUUCUUGGUUACGCACGAUGCUAGAACUCGUUGGACCAAGGUUUGGUUUGAUUCCCGUCGUGCGUGGAGCGAACGGAGAUGGCAGUUGAACAUCCGCUACCCAGACCCAAGCAUCCGUGUCAACGACACUGUCAAGAUUGACAUUGCCACUGGCAAGAUCACUGACUUCGUCAAGUUCGACACUGGUGUCAUUGCCAUGGCCACUGGUGGUCGUAACAUGGGUCGUGUCGGUGUCAUCACCCACCGUGAGCGUCACGACGGUGGUUUCGGCAUUGUCCACAUCAAGGAUGCCAUUGACAACACUUUCGCUACCCGUGAGAGCAACGUCUUUGUCAUCGGCCAGGAGAAGCCCUGGGUCAGCUUGCCCAAGGGCAAGGGUGUCAAGCUCACCAUUGCUGAGGAGCGUGACCGCCGCCGUGCCAUGGCUAACUAG